GGCUCAUUACAGGCUACACUGCAGGCCCGAUGCUAGGGUAACAUAUGGCGUUGAUCACGAAAGUUAUGCAUAUCAGCUGACCUUGGAUAUGAACUCUGCACCUGGCAUCACUGACAUAUUGAAUUUGAUGCGUAGGAGUGGAAUUCGAGAUGCCUAUCGUCUUUUGGUUCUUUGGGCUUUUGGUGCGCAUUUUAAUGCCAAGUUUCGACUCGUUGGGCCAUGGGGCUUGGGAACAUGCUCAAGACCUUCUUGUGUCUGGUGAGUUUUGGCAGACCAUUACACGGAGGCCAAUAAUAUUCGACCACUUCCUUUUUUCGAUUUUGCCGAUGGCUAUUUUCGAUCCCCUCAGCCUCGUGCUCUGGGCUUUUCGUUCCAUAUAUGCUUGUUUAGUUGAUAUGAUAUGAUGUUUUGAUCAAACACGAUCCUCUCACUCAAAACUCAACAAGGUCACCUCAUUUAAUUCACUCCUGCAAAUAAUCAGUCAAUUGAAAAUAUUUCAGCCGUUAUUCCCGUUAACGUGCAAUUCGUCUGACACUCCGUGCCGAGAUCC